GUGGACAGCUGUCACAGAGGAGGCUGGCACGGCUGGGUGCAGCAGUCCCCACCCAGCCAAGCCCUGUGUUGCUGAGCCCUACCAGUUCUGUGAAUCUUGGCCCUUUCCCACCCUCUGUUCACCCAGCAGCUGCCCUUGCAGCGUGGCCCAGCUGUUCUGAGGUUCCCUCCCUGCCAGGCAGUGGAUGAGAAGAGCUCGUGACCCAGGAAGGUGUCAGAGGUGCUCCUUGUGGGUCUGUGGAAGGACAGCGUGGUGUUUUGGUGGUCGUACGGGGGCUUUCUGCGGAUCUACACAGGACCUUGGAAGGAGGGGCUGGGGCAGAAUCUCUGUUUGGAUAGCUUGAGUCAUAGGUGAGGAAUCUUCAAAGCUGCAGAGAUGGAGGCUACAGGUGGGAGGAGCCUGUGGCUGCUGCUGCCAGCCCUGGUCCUGGUGGCCAGGCAGCAACACUUCCAGGAGUGGCCAGGCUUCCAGGAGAAGCCUAUGAGCAAGGAGAAUGUGAACUCAACCUUGGACUUCUUCAUCCAGUCCUACAACAACGCCAGUAACGACACCUACCUAUUCCGGGUGCAGAAGCUCCUCCGCACUCAGGUGCAGCUGACAACAGGUGUGGAGUACCUGGUCACUGUGAGGAUUGGCAGAACCAUGUGCAAGAGGAACAACCUGGUCCAGAGCAGCCCUGCCUGCCCCCUGCAGAGCAAGAAGCUGAAGAAGAGCCUGAUCUGCAAGUCGCUGAUCUAUACAUUGCCUUGGAUGGAACAUUUCGAGCUCUGGAACAACUCUUGCCUGGAGGACUGAGUGGGACCUCUCAGGCGUGAUGCGCACCAGCCGUGAUAAAGUUCUGCACAGCCCUGUUAGACACCUCGCUGGGGUCUCAAUGCACACAUGCUGCUCCUUACCCUUACAAGCCAGGCAUGCCACAGCACCCAAGCCGGGGACAUCCUCAGUGCACACACACCCCCUCCACCCCCACACCUGUGUUCACAC